AUGGCAAACGUCAAAAAAGCACUUCGCUUGUAUCAGGGCAUGCUUGGUGGCGGAAUGCACCCAGAUGUUGUUACUUUUGGUAUCUUAAUGGAUGCACUUUGCAAAGCGGGAGAAUUAUUAGCAGCAAGGACUUUGUUCGUUCACAUGGCCAAGUUAGGUGUUUCUCCCGAUUUAAUUGUGUAUAGUUCCCUCAUUGGUGGCCACUGUAAUUCAUGGAAUGUAUCCGAAGCUAUGCAUUUGUUUUUGGAGAUGGAGAAGUUCAAAAUUUCACCUGAUGUUCUUACAUAUAGUGUACUUAUGAAGUGUUUUUGUGGCUUGGGUAGAACAGAAGAAGCAGAUGUGUCGCUGAAGAGAAUGAACAGUGAAGGGGUUAUUGCAGACUCUGUAACAUACAAUUCCAUAAUCGAUGGAUACUGUAAGAAAGGAAAUAUGGAAAAGGCUCUGGAGGUGUGUUCUCAAAUGACUAAAAAGGGUGUAGAGCCAAAUGUUAUCGCCUUUUCUACAUUGAUUGAUGGUUAUUGCAAUGCAGGGAAAAUGCAAUCUGCUACAACACAAGAAAUUCAUGGCCACUCACUAUGUUUUAGGCAAAUCCCCUUGUGCAGGCAAAGAGUUUGCAUGGAAUCCUGCUGCACCAAAACUGGCAGGAGUGUCUUCUUUACAGGUGAAAAACUUGCUGUAAUGUGCGGAGCUAAACAACACUCUGGAAACAGGAUGCCAUAA